AUGCUGACCAAGGAGCUUGACGAUAUCAUAAAUGUGUUUCAAUCCUGCCUUACGAAGAAACACCACUCGACGCGAGCACCGAGGUAUUUCGACGCAACCUUGGAUCAGCGCGACCGCGUUUCCCGGGCGUUUCUUCAAGCUGGCGAUAGGGAGUGGUUUCUGUACCAGCUCGUCACCCUGGAACACAUCCCGAUUGCUGAAAAGCUAGACGAAUUACCGGACGAAGAGCUGUUGCUGGUUGUCGCGCAAAUAAGGAACAUUCACGAGCAUCCCACGAUCAUUGCACUCCGGCGGCACGUACUUGAGGCAUCGUAUCGAGCCGGCGAUCGCCAAAAGCGACUACGAGCAACCCGUGGUUGCAUAACCGACGUUAACGCCUCGACCUCGAAGCGCCUCCGGCACUGCUCGCCGCAGCGAACGACCCCUAUACAACUCAGCACAGUUGAGAGCGAAAACUUCAGCGCCUUAUCUGCUGUUCCGAUGCCGUUCGAGGCUGGCCAAGAUGUGACAAACCUUUCACAAAGCGGUAAUCCGGCCAGACCUGAUUAUGAGAGCCCCGAAGCUCGAAACCUACCCUUCAUGUUCUCACAUUACCUAUGUGAUGCGAUAUUGAAGACAGGUAGUAAGGCGUCCAUACGGCUAUUCUUCCCUUCCGAUCCGAAACUCAGCCACAUGGUGAUCGAAAUCAUGGCACGAGAAGCAGCGCGCAUUGCCGAGAAGCUGUUCCGCGUCCACAUUAGGGAAGAGGAUAACAAGCGAACGAUCGUCAUGGAACAUGGCCCAAUCAUCGAAAUCAUUGGCCACACUCGUCUGAAAAGGGUCGAUACUCGUGCCGUAAAACAGAUGAUGGGGGAUAGAAUAUAUUCAGGAAUUCAAAAUAGCCAACAACGUGAAAAAGAGCUUAUGGAGGGGAAAAUGUUCUCGGAUUGCCUAUCCAUGAUGGUUGGAGAAUCUGCCGCAAGCAGCUGUCAUUUGACCAUUCAAAUGGAUGCGCUUGCAUUAUCCAGAAUUCAUGUUGAUCUAUGGUCAACUCCAAACGCCGAAUUACCAGCUACAGCAACUUGA